AUGAAGCGAAGAGCUGCAGAAGAGGACGAAGACCCGCGAGGGCCUUCAAAACGGCUGCAAAUUGCAUUCCCCGGAGCAGCCGAAGUCGACUGUGCAAUUGCAGCUCUCGCUCCCAUUGACCGCUCGAUGCCGGACAACGACGACCACGAAAAUGACAACACCACGACCUCCUCCUCACCCCUGGCAACAACUGACGACGCCGAAGCAACAGCAACUCAACCGCCCACGCCAACCGCCACAUCCAUCUCCGCCACACCAUCCACCCGCCGCGCCCGCAAAUUCCCCUCGGACCUCAAAACCAUCAAGUGCACCUACCCGGGCUGCCCCAAGACCUUCAACCGCCCGGCCCGGCUGGCCGCCCACCUGCGCUCGCACACCAACGACCGCCCGCACAAAUGCCCGUAUGAAGGCUGCGACAAGACCUACCUCGAGGAGAAGCACCUGGCGCAGCACAUCAAGGGCUCGCACACGCACGAGAAAAGGUACAUCUGCCAGGAAGAAGGGUGCGGCAAGGCGUUCGUCACGGCCACGCGGCUGCGGCGGCACGCCGCCGUGCACGAGGGCGCCGAACGGUUCCGGUGUCGCGGGUAUGACGGGUGCAGCCAGAGUUUUCGGAAACAUCAGACGCUGCAGCGCCACGUGCGGGUUGCGCAUUUGGGUCUGGCGGCGUUUGUGUGCGGGGCCGAGGAUUGCGAGGAAGGGUUUGAUAGCGCGGGCGCGCUGAGGAGGCAUGUGGAGCGGGAGCAUGGGGAGGUGAAGUUUUGGUGCGAGGAGUGCAAAGAAGACGGGGAGGAGGGGGAUGGGAGGAAGGUCGGGUUCCGCACGCUGCUGAUGCUGCAGGCGCACAUGCGCAAGGAGCAUGUCAACUGCGUGUUUUGUGACGUCAAAUGCGGGAGCCAGGCCGACUUGGAGCGGCAUGUGGAUUUGUAUCACUCCGGGACGACGGUCGAGGACAGGAAGACGGUUGAGUGCACGUGGGAGGGCUGCGGGAAGAAGUUCACGCGCGUGUCGAACUUGAAUACGCACAUCCGGACGGCGCACGAGGGGCUGCGGUUUGUUUGCGGGCAAGUGGACACGUUUGGCAUCGAGGACAUUGCCGACUGGAAUUGGGCUGAGGAGGGUUGUGGACAGGAGUUCAUCAGCAAGUUGAAGCUCGAGGAGCAUGUGCGCUAUGUGCAUCUGGGUAGGAAGCGGCCACCCAAGCUGCACACGGUCAAGUCGGCUCUGCCGGGCGAGGCCGACGAGAUGUCUGCGGCUGUGCCGAGGAGGACGAUCCCGUGCUCAGUCGACGGCUGCGAGGCCAAGUUCAUUCGGCACUACGACCUCGACAGGCAUCUGCAGAAGGACCAUAACGAACUGCAAGAGGAGGCCAUCGACCCGCGGUUGAAGGGGCCGACCGAUAACAGCGAGCAGUUCUGGAUCGAGUCGUCUCUGGCUGUGGCAUACGAGCCGGGCUUUGACACGGAGUGGACCGAGAUGCGGAGGCUCAUCGACCUCGAUGCCCUGGUGGAUUCGAAGGAGUAG